GUCUGCGCGUCAUCGGAAUCCCGCUAGUGCGUCAUCAGGCGGGUAUUCUUUAAACUCGCAACACGAUUGGCCACGUUGUGGAAAGCUCCCCACCCCUGCGCCGCCUUGUAUGGAAUAUCCUUCUGACGUAAUGGUACAACUCAACUGAUACCGUCUAUAAAUGUCUUAGGGCGUUCAGAACAGAGGGAUAGCACCUCAUUUCAAAAGAGCAGCGAUGAGGACAACAUCUCUCUUUGGAUUAUAAACUGUUUCAAACUCUGAGAAAGAACAUUACAGGAAGUACUCCAAGACGAAUCAAAGAGAGUCAACUGAGAUCCCCCCCGAAGACACUUCAGGCUAUCUCUCUGACCCAGCCAUGACCUGCGUCCACCCCCAGCACGCCACCCUGCCUUACCCUGACAACUCCCUCUGCAUCCCAGAGUUUGAGAGUUUGGACUUCAGCUCCCGACUGUCCAUGGACAUGAGGUGCCAUCCCUCCCCACCACCCCAACCGGGACUGGGCUUCCUGGCAGGGCCCUUCUCGGGUGACCUCGAUGCCUACUCAUGCCAGAUCACCACCGCCGCCCCCGCAGCGGCCCCCGCCGACCAGGAGUCCCCUUUCCGACUGGACGACAUGCAGGUGUACGGCUGCUACCCCGGCUCCUUCGAGGUGAGCUACCUGGACGAGGCCCCCUCCCCCGGGGGCUCAGAGUACUUCGGGAGCCCGGCCUCCGUCCCGUCGCCUUCCACCCCGGGGCUGUAUGCACAGCCCCCCUCAGCUUGGGAUUCCUCGGCCUUCGGUCCUUACACCCCCUCCCCUGGAUACUGGGCCGCCGAGGAACCACAAGCGCCCCACUGUGCCCCGUUGUACUUCACUUUCGGCCCGGAGGCAACGGAGGACCUGUCGCGCUUUGCUGCCUUGCAGCCCCGGUUAGGGGAGCAGGAGUCCUUCACCAGCAGCAGCAGGCACCCUUCUGCCUUGCCCUACCCGCCCAUGGCCUACCAGCAGCCCAGGCCCCUAGGAGUGAGCAGUGACCCGCUGGAAGACAACCUUACGCACAAGGCUGGAAGCAACAGCGGGAAUGAGGGGCAGUGCGCUGUGUGCGGCGACCACGCCUCCUGCCAGCAUUACGGCGUCCGCACCUGUGAGGGAUGCAAGGGCUUCUUCAAGCGCACUGUACAAAAGAACUCCAAGUACGUCUGUCUGGCGAACAAGGACUGUCCAGUGGAUAAGAGGCGGAGAAAUCGUUGCCAAUUCUGUCGUUUCCAAAAAUGCUUGGCGGUUGGCAUGGUGAAAGAAGUGGUGAGAACAGACAGCCUUAAAGGACGAAGAGGCAGACUGCCUUCGAAGCCUAAAGCCACAUUGGACGUCUCAAACACUGAAGCUCCGGUUAAAAUGAUUGCUUCUCUUGUCAAAGCACACGUAGACUCAAACCCAGGCAUCGGAAACCUGGAUUACUCCAAGUACCAGGACGAGGUAUUCACUCAAUCCCAGAAGGAGGAUGCUAGUGACAUCCGACAGUUCUAUGAGCUGCUGACGGCGUCCAUGGAGGUCAUCAGGAGGUGGGCGGAGACCAUCCCGGGCUUCUCUGCCUUCUGCCCCGAGGACCGGGAGCUGCUGCUGGAGUCGGCCUUCGUCGAGCUCUUCAUCCUACGGCUGGCCUACCGAUCUAACCCAGACACCGAAGAACUUGUCUUCUGCAAUGGCCGUGUGCUGCACAAGAAACAGUGUGUAGCAGGAUUUGGGGAUUGGAUUGACUCCAUCUUGGGCUUUUCUCAAAGCCUCCAUCGCAUGAAUCUGGACGUUUCCUCCUUCUCCUGCCUUACGACGUUGGUGAUAAUAAGUGACCGGCACGGCCUGAAGGAGCCAUCGCGCGUGGAGGGCUUGCAGAAUCAGCUGAUCGCCUGCCUGAGGGAUCACGUCUCUGCCUGCACCUCUGAUUCAUUCCCGCCCAACUUCUUGUCGAGGCUCCUUGGCAAGCUUCCAGAGCUUCGGACUCUGUGCUCGCAGGGCCUCCAGCGCAUUUUCUACCUCAAGCUAGAAAAUCUCGUGGCACCACCGCCUCUAGUGGAAAAGAUCUUCAUGGAAACCUUUCCGUUUUGAAAAAUUGUUCUGUGCCGAAAAACCUUACCUUCUGCUAGGCUGUGAUUUCCUUCCAAAUUUGACAAUCGAGAGGAAGAAAAAGAAACUGGGCCUAUUUAGCACACAUGGAGAAGGUCUAUUUGGGUCAUAACAUUUUUGUUCUUUUCAAUCCCAUGAACACGUGUGCAACAUACAAUUGGUGUAUGCACAUUUAAAAAAUGCUGUCUCAUGGGUAAAAUUGUCAAAGACACAAAAUGAUAUGUUUUCAGAUAUAAUUAUUACUGAUAAAUGCUGCAGUUGUCAAGUUGUAGCGGCAGACUGACCCCCAUGUGGACCAAAGGGAGAGCAUUUACGUUUGCAGCACAAAGUGAUAGGAGUGGAAGCUGGAAAGGGAGAAAAAAGCUUAACUGUUGUGAGUUUACAGUACAACAGAUAGAAAUACACAUGUACUGCUCCAUUCUCUCUAAGGUGUCUGAACACAAGGUUCUCCCAGCUUUACUGGGACUCUGGGUACGGACAUUAUGAGGAGCACAUGACUCAGCUGUUUUCUAUUUGGGAAAGGUGGUUUAGAUUCUCUUGUAAACACCCUGGCGAAGCGUCCCUUGCCGACAAGGGCUCUUUUUGUGAGCCAAGUUUAUGGCGAGAAAUGUUUGUUGAGUGGUGAUUAAGAAAUCAGGAUGGUACUCUAUUGGCAGUCAUCAGUAGUACAUGAUGCAAACGUUUGACAGGUUUUCAAGAAGCAGCUAUGCUUACAGUUUUGAAUAUAAAGUCUUACGCACAGUCCUCCAUUUAAAAUUGGAAGGCUAUAUCUGUUAGCAGUGCACAUUGCUGUUAUGUUUUGAUUCAACUUUGUCUUGGGCAUUUUAUUUGUACAUUCUAGAGACAUGUUAUGUUACAUUUGUAUUUUAGAAUAAAUAAAUAAUUUUACUUAACUUGG